AUGAGUAGGCCAUACAGCAUUUGGCCGGUACUUCUUGUGCCUUACAACUUGCCGCCUUGGGCAUGCAUGAAAGAUCCAUACACAAUGUUAUCGUUGCUAAUCCCUGGCCCAAAGUCACCAGGUAAUGAUAUUGAUGUGUUCUUGUGUCCUCUCCUUGAUGAGUUGAAGGAGUUAUGGGUAGAGGGUAUUCGUACCUAUGAUGCGUACAGUGGGCAAGACUUUACGUUGCAUGCAGCUCUACUUUGGACUAUCAAUGACUUCCCCGCAUAUGCCAAUCUUUCCAGUUGGAGCACGAAGGGCAAGUUGGCAUGCCCGUAUUGUACAUUUGACACAAAUUCUCAAUGGUUGGUAUAUGGCUACAAACAUUGCUAUAUGGGUCAUGGACGAUGGUUGCCCCUAGAUCACAUUUGGAGACGCAAGAAAAAUGCGGCUUCCCUACUGGUUAUCCUUGGGGAUUUGGCAAAUCUCAGAAUAAGGAAAGAAUUGCAUUUACAACAUGAUGGCGAGUCUGAGAGAAUGGGUCUUGGUUGCUACAUGUUAAAUUUAAAUGAGCGAAGGGCUUUUUGUGCUUGGUUGUGCAAAGUGAAAUUCCCUGAUGGGUUUGCAUCGAAUAUAGGCCGGUGUGUCAAUGCUAGUGAGGGAAAGAUCAGUGGAAUGAAGAGCCAUGACUGUCAUGUCUUUAUGCAACAACUAUUGCCAGUUGUUAUAGGCAAGUUCUUACGGGCCGAUGUGCGUCAAGCCUUAAUAGAGUUGAGUGCAUUCUUCAAAGAAUUAUGUUGCCGAACUUUGAACCUAUCAGUAUUGCAUCGACUUCAAGCUAAUAUUCCCAUCAUUCUGUGCAAACUAGAAAUGAUUUUCCCUCCAGCUUUUUUUGAUAUCAUGGUACACCUAUCUAUUCACUUGCCAGAAGAGGCUCUUCUAGCUGGACCCGUGCAAUAUAGAUGGAUGUAUCCGUUUGAGAGGUAUUUAGGAAAGUUCAAGCGGUACGUCCGAAACAGAGCUAGGCCUGAAGGCUCAAUCGCUGAGGCAUAUGUGCAUCUCGAGUGCCUCACCUUUUGCUCUAUGUACCUUCAUGAUAUAGAAACUAAAUAUCAUCGAGAGGAACACAAUACUGAUGUACCCAUUGAUGGGCCUGAGUCAGGAAAUACUGGAAGUUUAUCUGUUUUCUCUCAAAAGGUUAGGCCAUUGGGGACUGCGUACUCACAUAAAUUAGCCGACACACUAAUGGUCAAGGCCCGAUGGGAUCACUAUAACAAGAUGAAAGAAGAGGACCCUCAUAACAUCGACCGUAGGCACCAAAGUCAAUUUCACGCGUGGUUUAGAGCACGCGUAAGAUUUUUUAUCCUGUUUGUGGCUUUAUGGGGAUACAUUUUGGUGGCUCUAACGACGAUUUCUGAUGAGUUAUAUGCAUUAGCAUGUGGACCAGAACCGACAGUCGCAUCUUAUGCAGGAUGCAUAAUGAAUGGUAUUCGAUUUCAUACUAAGGAGCCGGAAAGGCAUCGCCGCACUCAAAACUGCGGGGUGGUGGUUCAUGGAGAGCAUCAGGGAUCCCCUUGUGACUUCUACAGUGUUCUGAAUGAUAUAAUAGAAAUACGCUACAUGGGUUGGCGCAAGGUUUAUCUAUUUCAAUGCACUUGGUAUGACGUUGGUGACCCAAGAAGGGGGAUACGUGUCAGGGACCACUUAACCAUAGUGAAUACGGAUAGGCAAUGGUAUAAAGAUGAGCCCUUCGCACUUGCGUGCCAAGCAACAUGCUGUAUUUUACCUGUCCGAUCCGAUCUUGGGAGGAAGUUGGAAUGUCGUGCAAAAGGUUACAAGUAG